AGCUGUUACACACAAGUUUUAAUCCAAGAUCUUGAUCCCUGAAUUCAAGUUUUGAAGUUAUUAAAACUAACUCAGCUAAACUUUUGCUGGUUCUAAAAGUCCAAAUACCAACCUACAUUUUUGAGAAGUGAAUUAACUUUGUGAAUAGCAACUUGAUAAUGGUGGCUGGGGAGAGAACUAUCUUUCCUCCCAAAACAAGGUACCUAAGCACCACUUAAGCAUUCAAUUUAAACACAAUGAAAAUCUCUAACUUAGCAUCUUGAACAUGGAGCAGGUAUAUACAAACUUGGAGGGGAACAAAGCACAUAUAGUCCACACUGCAUGGGCAAUAUUAGCUCUGAUUGAAGCUGGACAGGUAUAUGCAACUUGAAUGAGUAUGAAUAUAAGUAGCAUAGGGAACAAUGUAUCGAUUUGGUUUUUGUAUGGAACCGGCAGAAAGAGAUCCAGUCCCACUCCAUCGUGCAGCACUAGUAUUGAUCAGUUCACAAAUGGAAAAUGGAGAUUUUCCACAACAGGAGAUCAUCGGAGUAUUCAACAAGAACUGUAUGAUUAGUUAUUCAGCCUACAGAAACAUCUUUCCUAUAUGGGCACUGGAAGAAUACCGCAACCGCGUGCUAUAGGCUUCUACCGAGGCCUAAAAUGUGCAAAUUAUGAUGUAAAAUAUGUAAUGUGUACUGUGUAAAAAUAAAUGGUGUACUGUGUAAAAAUAAAUGGUGUAUCUUGCA